AUGGAAAACUACAUGUACUGCGAGACCUGUCAAUUUUAUUUGUGUGUUCCUUGUAAAGAGAAGCACGUGAUCGACCUGGACACCAAAUACCACGAGAUCAUUCACCCAACAAAGGAUGGUGGAUGGAUGAUACCAGAUCCAGAGUCUUGCAAGAUACACACAGACCGAAAAUAUUUAUACUGGUGUCAAUCCUGUGAAUGUCCAGUUUGUGACUUUUAUAAUGAACAUGAAAGACACACACUUGUGGACAUUACGUCUGCCUAUAAAAUUCAAAAAGAGCAACACUGGGAGAAAAUUGUUGAGAUUCGCAGCGAAAAACUUCUUUACAACCAGGCCAUUUUAGCCAAAAUUGAAUCUGAUUUCAAGACGUGUCAAAUAGCUUUGACUGAACUCCGGAUAAAAAUGUUAUCACAAGCUCAACGAGAAAAAAAUCUGAUUGAUAUGGUUUUGAAUAAUACAAAAGAGGUCUACUUUAAUAUCAACUCUAAAUUACAACAAUCGAAACAAAAUGUUAAAGAUCUAGAGAAGUACGUGCUCAGAUUUGAACAUUCGGCUAACGGAGCAGUACAUUUUUUAAUAUUUAUAAAAAAGAAAUCUGUUCCGAGGAAACAGGACAUUCCUAAAACUUUAACAGUCUCCCUGAAACAUGAAAUCAGUAUGAAAGACGUAGGUCUAUUUCAAAGGAAAAUCAAACUCGCUGAGGUCUGA